AAACAGCGCGAGGACAGCAAUGGCACCAGAAAGAGGCGGAUGUGAAGCGUCAACAUGAAAAUCACUGAACCUUUUCAGCAUUUGCUUUUCCACGAUUAUUUUCUUCGAAUUUUGUUGUUUUAUCUCAACUUGAGACUUGUGCGAUAUCUGCUGGUCGUCAGUGACAGGAGCUGACGAAGUUGCUAACCGAGUGGCUUUCAGGUUGGUGAGAUGGGGUCUGAGUCCGUGAAGGUGGUGGUCAGGUGCAGGCCUCUAAACGACAGAGAGAAGGCUCUGGGUUCAAAGAUGGUUGUGACUAUGGACCUGCAGCGCUGCCAGUGUUUCAUAAAGAAGUCUAUGUCGACAGAUGACCCCCCCAAACUGUUCACCUUUGAUGGGACUUACUUUACUGAUCAAACCACCGAAGAGAUGUACAACGAGAGUGCCUAUCCUUUAGUGGAGGGUGUCACCGAGGGCUACAAUGGCACCAUAUUUGCUUAUGGUCAAACAGGAAGCGGCAAGUCCUUUACCAUGCAAGGGGUGUCCGAGCCUGCAGCCCAGAAGGGUGUCAUCCCACGAGCCUUUGAGCACAUUUUUGAGAGCAUUCAGUGUGCAGAAAAUACCAAAUUCCUGGUGAGGGCCUCCUACCUAGAGAUCUACAACGAGGAAAUCCGAGACCUACUUGGGAAUGAGACCAAGCAGAGAUUAGAGUUAAAAGAGCACCCAGAGCGUGGUGUGUAUGCACGAGACCUUUCCAUGCACACGGUGCACAGUGUGGCCCAGUGCGAGACUAUCAUGCAGCAGGGCUGGAGGAAUCGAGCUGUCGGGUACACACUGAUGAACAAAGACUCAUCCCGUUCGCAUUCCAUCUUUUGCAUCCAUUUGGAAAUGUGCCACACUGAUGCAGCAGGUCAGGAUCAUCUCAGAGCCGGGAAACUUAACCUGGUGGAUCUGGCAGGAAGCGAGCGUCAGUCCAAAACAGGGGCAACUGGCGAUCGCCUCCGUGAGGCCACCAAGAUCAACCUGUCGCUCUCAGCUCUGGGAAAUGUCAUCUCAGCCCUGGUGGACGGGCGCUCCAAAUACAUCCCCUACCGGGACUCUAAGUUGACUAGGCUGCUACAGGACUCCCUGGGCGGGAACACCCGGACUUUGAUGAUCGCCUGUCUCUCCCCGGCAGACAACAACUACGAGGAGAGCCUGAGCACGUUGCGUUACGCCAACCGUGCCAAAAGCAUCCAAAACCGGCCGCGUAUUAACGAGGAUCCAAAGGAUGCUUUGUUGCGAGAGUAUCAGGAGGAGAUCAAGAAAUUGCGGGCCCUCAUCUCAGGCCAGAUGGGCUCUGCUAACAUUCCGGCUGUGGCGCCUGAGCAUCAAGCAGAUACACAUCACCCCAGCAACACUGAAGGCGAGAAGGAGAUAAAAAAGAACUACGAGGAAAGGCUGGCCAGGCUGCAGGCCGACUUCACCGCAGAGCAGGAGUCCAAGGCCAAGCUGCAGAAGGACAUUGCAGUGCUGCGUUCCUCCUACGAGACCAAACUAUCUCACCUGGAGAAGGUGAGAUCCAGCAUGGGGGGCCCUGCCCCCGACAACGUGAGCUCCAGGAGUGUGACAGAAGAGGAGCGUUCCCAAAUCAACACCAAGACAUUUCCCAGCAGCACAAAGGAAGACACCUCGAAUGAGCUCAGCCAGUCUACGGUGACCUGCGAUGCUGCCGCUGAGAUCCAAAGUCCAAAUGGAGUCACAGACUCACUUGGUGUCACCAGAGCAGGGGAUCUAGAGCAGAAAGAAGCCCUGGAGAGGCUACAGAGGUUGGAGCAAGAGAUGGUUGGCGGGGAACAGGCCCAGAACAAAGAAUUCCAGCAAAGACAGCGACAGAGGAGGAAGGUGGCUGAUCAGAGGAAAGCUCAGCUCAUCAAAGCUUUGUCAGACAACAGCGAGGAUAGCGACAACGUGCUCUUUAGUGUCUACGACUCCAUCCAGGAGGAGGUCCACGCCAAAGGCCAGAUGCUGCUCAAGGUCCAGGGAAAGCUCAAAGGGGCCAAACUGGAGAUCCGUGACCUGCAGGCCGAGUUUGAGGAGGAGAGGAAUGACUACCUGGCAACCAUUCGCCGCCUGGAACGUGAGGGGCAGCUCCUGCACGGCUUGCUGGAGAGGAUGACUCCUCUGGUUCGCCGCGACUGCAAUUACAGCAGCCUUGACCGUCUGAAGAAAGAGGCGGUCUGGGAUGAGGAUAGCGCCUCCUGGAGACUUCCAGAUGUGAUGGUCCAGAAAACGACACUGCCCACAGCAGUGGCCCCCAAGCUCUCCCCUCCCAGAGGCCUGGCUCCUGACUCAGAACCAUCGGUGGCGGAUGAUGACAAGUACAAACAGAUGCUGGACCGCAGUGACAGCGAGAACAUCGCCAACACUUACUUUAAAUCAAAGAGAGCGAGCCAGCUACUCGGCGGCGAAACCACCAAGGGACACGUCACACAAACCCCCUCCUUCCUGAAUGGACCGCCUCACCUCAACGUGACCCCCAACAUGGAGUCUGUCACGCCCCGCCCCUUCCGUCUGGAGUCUUUGAAUGUCCCAACAUACACUGGUAAGGCCAAGCGUAAAAAAAACAAAUCUCAUCAAUAACAGACGUCAGUGAAAGAACAUAAUAGGCCUCUUGUUUGUAUUUGACCUUUGGAUCCCCAGUGUGUAAAAUAAUAUCAUUUUUAUGUAUCAUACCUUUACUUAAAACUGUAACCAAAGCACAGCCUCAUUUGUUUGAAACUAAAAACUAGUGUUUAACCAUUCAUACGCCAACAUUAUCAUUUAGCAGGAAGUGUAUUUUAACAAUAUUAUAUGUAAGUGUUGCUACCUGCAUUAAAUAUUGGCGAUGUUAUCUUUGUGUUGAGGAAUUGAGUCAAAUUAAGGUGGUCUGGGACCCCUGGGCUACAUUGAUGUUGUGCAGCUGUAUUUUUGCCCAGCGUAUGAGUUUGGUCCGAGUUUGUCCUCCAUUGUUGAAAAUUAGUUGGCCCGCAGAGUGUCAGUUUCAGAAUUUGACACCCUGUGUGUAGAAAUAUAAGACAGAUAGGACCCCAUUAGUGGAGCCCUUUCAAUCAACAAGCGAUAACGACGACCGCAAGAGGCGUUAUCAUCAACAUCUACUGCAUUUAUAAAAUGACAAAGAUCACCAGUUGCAAUCUUUACUUCCUGUAUUGAUUUUAGGCACAGUUGUGAAACCUGAAUUUCUCAAGCAAUGUUGAAGUCAUUUGUACGUAGCAGAAGCGCUAAAUGCGGUACACUUGUUUCCAGCAUCAAUCAACUAUAAUAUGUUAAAACA